AUGAGUACUUCAUCAUCUGCCUCGAGCGAAGGCUCUACAGGCCAAAUUGCGAAAAUCUGCCAGAAUGGGGAUGCCGUCCUUGCAGUUGGUCCCAAAGCGAAGAAGAUUCAGGUUGCCUCGGACUUCCUAAAGCACAUUUCGCCUGUUUUCAAAGCAAUGCUCGAGGGCCCCACGAGUGAGGGAGAGGCUCUUCGAAACAAGUCACCAGACUCUCCAAUCACGAUCUCGCUUCCUGCAGAUAAUGCAUUGGCUAUGGGAAGACUUCUGAAGAUCCUCUAUGGCGCAGACGACUUGGUCCUUGAUUUUGAGGCAGUCUAUGAUGUUAUCAGCUUGGUCGACAAGUAUGCCAUGACUAAACGACUCAAGGCUUUCGGGCUCGACUGGGUACGUAUGGAACUUGACGAUGAAUAUCCUACCCCUGCGCAAUUCCGAGAAAGCUGGGGGAAAAUAGUCCUUUCGUACAUGCUAAAUGACGAUGCGGCUUUCUUCGAAAUCAGUUCUUACCUAUCCCAGCCGACGGAAGGGGUGGUAACUUGGGCGCUGAAAUUACCUGAUCAAGCACUUGGCUUGAGACUCGCUGUGGCUAUGUUUGAGCUUUAUGAACAUAACUUCGCCGCAGACCACAGAAUGGGAUUGUGCCUGGACUGCUUCAAAAAUGCUCAGAGCAGCUUCGUUAACAUGCAAAACGAGUGCUCGUUCGUAAACUAUCACGACUGA